AUGCACUGGGAUGGAAGGCUUUGUGGGAAGACUGUUUCGGGGGAAUGUGGUCCCGGCUUGGACCAAAGUGGCAAUGAUUGCCUUACCGGUUCUAAGGGUGAACCUCAAUGUCCUGCCGACAGUCAGCUCUUGGAAGACGUCUGUGUCAAGGAGCCUACAUGUCAAAGUGGAUACGACUUCGUCGAUGGACUUUGCACGCAGCGUGAGAGCCCUAUCUGCAAAGAGGACUUCAGAUUUGAUUCUUCCAGGGGAAUCUGUUAUUUCAAGGAUGUUCCUGAAUGUGAAACGGGUACUGUGCUACGAGAUGGUGUCUGCAUUCUCCCAAAUGUACAGGCUAAAUGUGAACCUGGCUUCAUCCUUGACUCAAAGUGCUGCGUCUUAGCCAGGGUUCCAUACUGUAAUGAGGGGACAUUCGAUGGCGAGGCAUGUUGCUUGAAGGACCUCCCUCCCAUUUGCAAAACCUCUCAAUCGCCUGAUGCGAGCCUCGAUGCGUUUGGCCGAUGCUCUGUUUUGCCAAAUUGCGAGAAAGACACCAAGUUCAAGAAUGGAGCCUGCUUGAUGGAGCGACAGCCUUUCUGCGAAUCAGGCGCUUUGUAUAAUGCUCAGUCCACAACCUGCGAGUGUGAGCAGAAAUUCCACUGCAAGGAUGGCUUCACACUGAUCAAUGGGAAAUGUGAGUUCGAGGUAUUGGUUCCCACAUGCAAAGAUGAUGAAGAAUUGAAAAACGGGAACUGCUGCAAACGACCAAAAUGUCCACCCGGCACCACAUAUAUUCCCGGUACAAACACAUGCGGCGCUCCCCCAAGAUGUGAGGACUACCAGUCUCUCAAAGAUGGAAACUGUAUCGAGGAAGAGGUGCCAAAGUGCGGUGAAGAGAGAGGGUUCAAAUGGGACGGCACUGGAUCGUCCAGCCUUUGCGUCAAAUUGACACCCCCGACAUCCUGCAACAAGCCUACCGUGUACAAUAAAGAGACCAAGUUUUGCUUUGUGUUCAGUGCCUCGGUUCUCGACUGUGGUCCCGAGAAUACCUACGACCAGCGCGUUAAGCGCUUCAAUGAUACUCUUCAGUUGCUUGGUUUGAACCGCUUGAACCAUACUAUUUCCGAGCUUUCGUCACUUCAGCAGAUAUCCCAGUGGGCUAAUCAAGGGAACAGCGAUCGGACCAUCCAGCCAGUGAAGAUUAUAGCGGAUUCUGAGAAGGCCAAGGAUUCCAUACCUGCAGAGUCUAAGGUUGAGCAGACGGAGGUUGAGGACCUGCCAUCUGAGGAUUCUAGAUCUGCAGGUUUCACGUCUGGGUCUGAAUCUCAUGAUGGUGAGCCUGAGGUGGUGUCCAAGUCGGAGGAAGAUAUGGGUGGCGAGGAGGAGCUUGAUAUCGAGGAUACCGACGAUGAGUGGUAG